AUGCGUUUCUCGAAAGACUACUCGGUGCUCUUCUUAUUGAUGGCAGUUUCGGUGGCUGCGAUUGAACUCGAGAAACGAACCACAGUCCCAGCAUUCGUCCGGGAGUAUGCUCCCAUGUUGUUUCUCGAUCCCAUGGAAGCCUUCUUCCCCAGUUCCAUCGCCCUACAAGUAGCCAAUAGCCACCCCGAGGACUUUGAUGGGCAGAACAUCUGUCCACCUGCGCCCUUGACGUUGUCCAAUCUCGACAGCCUGAACCAGUUCAGCAACAACGGCCGCAACGUCUCCCUCACGUCCGACCAAGGCAUCCGCGCCCUCCCUCCGUGGUUCCACGGCGUGAAGCCCAACCCGGACGGCUCUUUGCCCUGCAACACGACCGCCUCGGCCGUCGUGACGGUGGAAAAGCCCGACGACGUCCUCGACGCGUUCUUCUUCUUCUUCUACGCCUACAACCGCGGCGACUGGAUCUUUGGACUCCCCGUGCUCGAGCUGGGCGACCACGUCGGCGACUGGGAACACGUCAUGGUGCGGUUCCAGAACGAAACCCCCCACGCGAUAUGGUACAGCCAACACUCGAGUGGCCAGGCGUUCACGUUCAGCGCCGUGCAGAAAUUCAAAGACGGAGCCCGCCCCAUCGUCUACCCGGCCAACGGUACCCACGCCAACUACGCGACCCCGGGCGCCCACCCGCUCGACAUCACAGGCCUCAACCUAGGCACCGGCCUGCCCAUCUCGCCCGUGACCGACGAGACCGGGCGCGGCCCGCUCUGGGACCCCCUGCACAACGCUCUGUUCUACUCGUUCGACAACGCCUCCCAGAAAUUCACCGCCUACAACGCCCGCGACCCCACGGCCUGGCUCGACUUCGCCGGCGUCUGGGGCGACGUGCAACUGCCCCUCAACGCCACGGGCCAGGUCGACCUGCUCGGCCAGAUCAAGUUUGUCAGCGGGCCCACGGGGCCCAAGUUCAAGGGCCUGGGCAGGACAAAUGUUUGUAACACGGCCGACGAGGCUGCUUGUCUCGUUCUCACGUCGCUGGACGCGUGA